AUGACAGGUUGUUUAGACGAUAUCCGACUGGAUGGCCGUCUGCUCCCCCUUCCACCAGGAACCAAUGGGAGCCAGUGGGGUCAAGCCUCUGUAACUCGCGGCCUCCAGCGAAACUGCCAUUCCAGAAAUGUCUGUGCCGAUGUGAAAUGUCCAGACACUUUCUUAUGUCAGGAUAUCUGGAAUGAUCACAUCUGCUCAUGUGGAGAUGGAAAAGUGUCGACAAGUAGAGGAUGUGAAGAUAGAGAUGAAUGCCUCGACAACCCUUGCUUGAACGGUGGCUUCUGUGUAAACCAAGAGAGCAGAAUACGGUAUCGUUGCGAGUGCCCCGAGGGAUUCUGGGGUCAGAAGUGCGAACUGGCUCAGGAGCGCCAGUCUAUGCGUCUGGGCUUCGGAGCACUCUUUACCAUUUGUUAUACUAUUUUUUCCGUGCUGGUCGCUCUGGUUGUGGCGUACAACAGACGAAGGGAAGCACCUACAAUGAAGAAGCCCGGACCGGACGAUGACGUCAGGGAGAAUAUCAUCAGUUAUAAUGACGAGGGAGGAGGAGAGGACGACUUGAACGCUUUUGAUCUUCUACCACUUAAGGUUCCUGUUAAAGGGUUGAGCUCAGAGAACAAAAAACAACAAGUCCCAGAACUCGUUGAAGGUACGGGGCUAGAGGCCAGGAUAGAAGGCCGCAGAAAAAGAGCUGAUCUCGAGCACACAGCGCCGCCUUACGAUGACCUUCGUAACUACGCUUUCGAGGGAAAUUGUGAUAGCGUAGUCGGUUCACUUUCAUCUUUAGAGUCUUGUUCUGAUGCCGAUGAUGCAGUGAGAUACGUGGUGCUCGGGCCUCGGUUUGCGAGACUCGUAGAUAUCUACUCUGCUCACCUGGAAAUGUCUGAUGACUCAACGCUAGAGGCUACUGUUUAGAAGAACUUGUUUUAUAUAAUUGUUACUUGUAACUUAGUAUAAGUUUUCUUACAAAACACUGUACAUUUGAGGUCGAAAUUUAAACUUUUAGUAUAAUAAAAAUUAUUAAUUUGGUAAGACUAUUCAUCUACACUAAUGAAUAAAUCUUUCUUUUUAGUUCAAUUGAAUUUGUGAUAAAAUUUCACGAUAAUGCUCUGGUUUCCGUAUUAUAAAAAUUUGCAGAACGUGAAGUUUUAUAUUGAAAAAUAUUCUUACUUUGAUUAUAAAAUUUAAGUCUACAGGUAAAUAUAUAAAGGAGAUAAUUAAAUAUUAUAAAAUUAUAUUUAAUAUAAAGUUAAAACAAUAUGUAUGUAAAUUUUUUUGGACGGAAUAAUACGAUUUUAUAUCUAAAUUUUACGCCUAUUUAUUCGUCUACAUUUCUUUUAGAAAGGCCA